CCCAAGAAUCACUCACAACGCCAAACAAGAGGCUGUGGGUAUGGGCAGCAGGCACGGCAAGGGGCAUCGAAACCAUUGUCGGAAGACCAAAUAGGGUGGGCAUCACGAGGCAGGGGGCUAAGAGCAGAGGGCGAGAUCUCCAAAAAAAUGAAACACCGAAGAAGGGCAGAAAGGAUGGGCAUUUGAGCGGGGUACCCAGCAAGGCUAGGGAGUGAAAGGAGGGAAAAGUGGGGAAUGUAUUUGAGGGUUCGCGGGGGGCAUGAGGCGAAAGUAGGCAGCGACGGGCAAGCACCUGUCUAGGCACAGUCAGGUGGGCACUGCUGAGACAAAGAGAACCUCGCCAGCAGUGAUCAGAAGUGGUUUGAGGAAAGUCCUGUUCAUCAGGUUCUAAGAAAAUAAUUGUAAAGGCCAGGGAGCAAGACUUGGGCAGGGAGGUUAAAACUGGGUGGCAGGGAGACAAAGGAAGGAUUGGAGAACUUAUGCCCACAAGACUGCUUGGCUUCUGACAAACAGUUGGAUCGAACCCCCACUUGUAAAUAGCUAACUGGUAUGGACCCAAAUUCCGCCUGUCGCUGACUGUUUACAACCAGGUUCACCUUCUCCCUCGCCUGCUCCAGUUUCGCUCAUUUGCAGUUUUCAGAACUAGAGGAUUCCAGGUUUAUCUGGGGCAGGGCGUGUGCCCUGCAGCUCACUGUCUUCCAGGUGGGGGUCACCCACCCACCAGCCCCACUUCCCUUUUCCUUACCCCUCUGGUCUUUGGCUCCAUUCCAUGGGGGUGGAUGGAAUGUAUGAGAAGAGCAGAAUGCUGAACAUCCAGAACAGCGCGUGGGGCAGUCGCCAGGAGUGGUAUCAAGACAGCCUGGUGACAGGGCCCCCCAACCCAGAGAGCUGCCAGCAACUGGACAGCGGGCUGGACCCUGAGCACCCUCAAGGUGCCAGCAGCCAAGACCUGGAUGAGUCCCAAAUCCGGCUGCAACUGAAGCGCAAAUUGCAAAGGAACAGGACCUCUUUUACACAGGAGCAGAUAGAGGCGCUGGAGAAAGAAUUCGAGCGCACUCAUUACCCUGACGUCUUUGCCCGCGAACGCCUGGCAGCAAAAAUAGAUCUCCCGGAAGCCCGGAUUCAGGUUUGGUUCUCCAACCGCCGUGCCAAGUGGCGUCGGGAGGAGAAACUGCGGAACCAAAGGCGCCAGGCAGGGGGCACUGGGGGGCACCUGACCAUAAACAGCAGUUUUGGCACAGGGGGCAGCAGCGUCUACCAGUCCCUGCCACAACCUACUGGAUCAGGCACGAUGCUGAGCCGUACAGAAAGUGCCCUCAGCAAUAACUACGGUGCCCUUCCACCCUUGCCCACUUUCUCCAUGGCCAACAGCCUCCCUAUCCAGCAGGCGGUGCCUCCUGUGGCUAGCCAGACGUCUUCUUAUUCCUGCAUGCUGCCUGGAAGUUCGUCGGUGCGCAGCUACGAUUCUUACGCUCCCUCCCAGCUCCCAUCUCAUAACCUGAGCUCCAGCAACGGGGCCUCUACUGGGUUAAUCUCUCCAGGAGUGUCGGUUCCCGUACAAGUCCCAGGCGGGGACCCGGAUCUUUCUCAGUAUUGGCCAAGGCUGCAGUGAAGGGGAAAAUGAAAGCGGAAGGCAGAAGGAAAGCUGGAGAUGUGUGAAGAGGAAGGGGCUUUUUCUCAAUAGGGUUAAAACAGCGAUGGGGCACAAUAUCCGGGGGUAGGGAACAGUAGCGAAGGGGAGCCUUCCUCAACUUCAUGUAUCUAUGUUAAGCAACCAUGUCUUUGUCAGGGCUGAGCCGUCUCCUUCCCCUCAAUUGUGCACACUCAUGCGCCACAGGAGAAGGAGGACAGUCCCUCAGUCAUCUGUCCCUUCUCUCUUCUCCAUCCCAUGAUAGGAUGACUUUCUUCUUCCCUCCCCUGCCUGCCUUUCCUUUCCCGAUCCUUAAAGAAGGCAGCGAGGACUGGGAAAAGUUGCUGCAAUUAUGAUGAGAAGAGAAAGAAACUUCUAUAGGGAGCCAACACAAAGGAAUUGUGGAAGGAAGGAAAGAAAGAACAAACUUUCCCUCCUCCCGUUGGGGAACUGAUACAAAUAAAUAAUAGGAACCUAAAAGAACCCCCCAAAAAUAAUAACUGAAAACUGAAAGCUAGAGCGCAUAUCGGAAAGGGAAAAAAUUAGGAAAACAUUGAAAUUUUUUGGAAAGGAUGGGCAGAUAAGAGGAAGAAAGAGAGAUCAACAAAAGCGUCGGUGUGAAGGAACCAAAAGCAUUUAUCCCCUUUUAUACGGCUGCAGAGAGUGUAAACCCCGCCCCCCCAAAUCACCUCUACUCCUUGCUGCAAAGGAUUGUGGGGAAUAAAGCACUAACCUUUCCUGUCUUUCACCCUCCUAGAGCAUCAUGGGAAAGAUGAUGUUUGUCCAUGACUUCUCGUGCCCACCUGCAGUAUGGGGAGGGUACUCGUCUCACUUCUUGGGUGUGUGGUGUUCAUUGGGAUUUCUCCCUGCAAGAUUGCCCUUUAUCCGGUCCACCUACCACCUCGGCCCCCCCUGACUCACUUUAACCCACCUCUUUCCUUCCCUGCAUGGAAUUCACUUAGCUGGGUUUCACUUGGAUCCCAGAGGACUAGUGACCUCUGAUCUACACAAAAUGGCCCCCUCAGUACACACAGACACACACACCACUUGUUGUUUCAAACUGUGUUUUCGAGUGUGUUAAUAAAGGACCUGUGUAAAUAA